AUGGCUUCCAUUCCUCAAUACUUCUCCAAUGAGUUCUAUGCUUUCCCUAAUCCAAUGCCUGGCGGAAACAACAGGGGAGGUAUUGCAAUGUGGAGUGAAGAAUGCUUACCGCCCUUUUCCAAUAAUGGGAUACUUAAUGUGGUGCCACCAAAACCUCAUGACAUCGUUCCAUCCAUUUCAAUGUCAUCAUUCCCUGAGCGUCUUGGCAUUUUUGAUAUGGUUGUACCGUCAUUGACGGAGCGUAAUAUCAAUAUGGGUUCAUAUGGCAUCACGGGACCUCAUGGUUUUGAGUGUAGAUACCAACACGAGGGAAUUCAAGGUAAGCCUGCCCCAGAAGUUGAAGAACCCACACUGAAGAUUGGGAAGUAUUCAGUAGAAGAAAGGACGGACAAAAUUCUUAGGUAUCUAAAGAAACGAAACCAAAGGAAUUUCAACAAAACCAUCAAGUAUGCCUGUCGCAAGACCUUGGCUGACAAGAGUGUCCAGAUUCGUGGAAGAUUUGCAAAGAACAAUGAACCAUGUGAAGAUCAAGUUAGAAUGAAGAUGACUGAUUAUCCUAACAAAGCAAAAGACUUCAGCUACCAUGCUGAUUGUGUUUUGGACCUCCAGAUCAAACAUGAUGAUGAGGACUGGUUACAGGAAGCUAUGGCUAGUCUUAUGUAUUCACCAUAUAUUGGUGGGUGA